UCUCGAGCAGGUUUCAUACUUCCUGCGCGGCCCCGCCCCGCCUCCUCCCUGCGCAGCCCCGCCUCCUCCCUGCGCGGCCCCGCCUCCUCCCUUUUCGCUGUGCGUGUCCGCCAUGGCUCCAAUGAAGAAGCAGGUGGUGAAGAAACAGGGAGGAAAGAGGAAGAAGCAGAUCCUCAAGUUCACUUUGGACUGCACACACCCUGUGGAGGAUGGCAUCAUGGACGCUGCCAAUUUUGAGCAGUUCCUGCAGGAGCGCAUCAAAGUCAACGGCAAGGCGGGAAACCUCGGCGGUGGCGUGGUGUCCAUUGACAGGAGCAAGAGUAAAAUUGCGGUCAACUCUGAUGUUCCCUUUUCAAAAAGGUAUCUGAAGUACCUCACCAAGAAGUAUCUGAAGAAAAACAACCUCAGGGACUGGCUGCGUGUGGUGGCCAACGCCAAGGAGAGCUACGAGCUGCGCUACUUCCAGAUCAACCAGGAUGAAGACGAGGAGGAGGAGGAGGAAGAUUGAAGCAGGCACCAUGUUCAAUAAAAUGUCCAGAGACUGACAAUAA